AUGAGGGUCGACUCCUUGAAGGAUAAUUUGUCUUACCGAAACGAUAAAGAUAGGAAAACACUUAAGAGAGCCUAUCACGUUGUCGAUGAUUUUAUGAGCCUGGCUCUGAUUUUCUACAACUCCUUGGGUAUAGAGCCUUAUGAAUCGGACCAAAAGCGCGGAUUUUGGUUUUAAAUUUACUUUGCGGUAAAUUGGAUCAACACUGUAUUUAUUCUCAGUUUGGAGAUAAUUUGUUUUUCUACCAUAAUGCGGGAUGAUGAAAAUUUCCUCGAGAGCUGCAUUAAAUGGGGCUACUUGUCUUUCGUGCUUGUCGGCUUUCUAAAGUUUAUUUCUGUGAUGUCUAAAAACAAAAAGCUUACCACAUUAGUUCGGCAAUUUGAGUCCUGCUUCCCGUCGCCAAGCGAAAGUGAUCAGGAGCAGUAUGCUGUGAAGAGAUACCUUAAACAUAGCAAAAUGUUCACAAUGGGCUUUGGUGGUCUGCUGACCACCAAGUACUUUGCGCACGUCCUAAUUCCUUUAGUCGUAUACUACUUUCAGAGAUGGGUGCUCAAUUUGCCAGAUGUUAAGCAUCCACUUCCGUUUUUCGACUUGGCUCCUUGGGAUUAUAGCAACUAUAUGUUUUAUCCUACCUUCUUUUUUCAAUCGAUCGCUGCCUACACGGUUACUUGCGGAGCCAUAUCCAAUGACAUCAUAAUCUUUGCCGCGGUGUUUCAGGUCCUUAUGCACUACGACAGACUGGCUAGGGCUCUCAGGGAGUUCAAGGUAAGGAACCAAUACGAAAUUGAAGGAGCUGAGGAGGAUUUAAAAGCAUUGCGGUCCUUGAUUGUCAACCACAUCAAUAUACUUCGACUCACCGACGUGGUAAGCGACGUCUUCGGAGUUCCUUUGUUAUUGAACUUUAUGGCCUCUUCACUGCUUGUCUGCCUAGUGGGGUUUCAAUUAACCAUCGAUUACAGCCCGGAGUAUUUUGGCAAACAAGUUCUACUCCUGGCUUUGGCAUUGGCGGAGGUAUAUCUCCUCUACUCCUCCUUAAGUAUAAACCAGGGGAAAAACAUCAGCUGGGCGGCUUACGAGAUGAAUUUGAUCGAGGCCGACAUGCGAUGCCGAAAAAUGUUCAUUUUUCUGUCUUUGCGGGCCCAGAAGCCAGUAUGCCUUAAAGCUACCGUAGUCUUGGACUUAUCCAUUGAGACCAUGACCAUCUUUCUGGGCAUGUCAUAUAAUUUCUUCUGCGCUCUUCGAACUAUGUAUCAGUAG